AGGGCCGCAGGGCGCGCGUGCGGUGGGCGGGGCGGCUAUGGCGGAGGGAGGCUCGGCCGAGGGGGAGCUGGGGCCGCUGCGGCUGCGGCGGCUGCGGGGAGACGGCUUCUUCGAGGUGCCGGCAGCCGACAGGCUGGGAAGAUGCCGGAGCGUGAAGGAGUUUGAGAAGCUGAAUCGGAUUGGAGAGGGCACCUAUGGCAUAGUGUACCGGGCCCGGGACACCGUGACAGAUGAGACCGUGGCGUUGAAGAAGGUGCGGAUGGACAAUGAGAAGGAUGGAAUGCCCAUCAGCAGCCUGCGGGAGAUCACCCUGCUCCUGCAGCUUCGGCACCCCAACAUUGUGGAGCUGAAGGAGGUGGUUGUAGGGAACCAUCUGGAGAGUAUUUUCCUGGUGAUGGGCUACUGUGAGCAGGACCUGGCCAGCCUUCUUGAGAACAUGCAGACACCUUUUUCAGAAGCUCAGGUGAAGUGCAUCGUUCUGCAAGUCCUCAAGGGCCUGCAGUACCUUCACGAGAACUACAUCAUCCACAGGGAUCUGAAGGUGUCCAACCUGCUCAUGACUGACAAAGGCUGUGUGAAGAUAGCUGAUUUUGGACUGGCACGCACCUACGGGAUGCCACCAAAGCCGAUGACCCCCAAAGUUGUCACACUGUGGUACCGAGCACCCGAGCUGCUGCUGGGGAUGAUGACCCAGACCACUGCCAUCGACAUGUGGGCUUUGGGCUGCAUCCUUGCUGAGCUGCUGGCCCACAAGCCACUGCUGCCGGGCACCUCCGAGAUCCACCAGAUCGACCUCAUCGUGCAGCUCCUGGGGACACCCAAUGAAAACAUCUGGCCGGGUUUCUCCAAGCUGCCCCUGGUGAGUCAGUACACCCUGCGGAAGCAGCCCUACAACAACCUCAAGCACAAGUUCCCCUGGCUGUCGGAGGCCGGGCUGCGGCUGCUCAACUUCCUCUUCAUGUAUGAUCCCAAGAAGCGGGCAACAGCAAAAGACUGCCUGGAGAGCUCCUACUUCAAGGAGAAGCCCUUGCCCUGCGAGCCAGAGCUCAUGCCCACCUUCCCCCACCACCGCAACAAGCGGGCAGCCACCACCAGCACGGGGACAGAGAGCCAGGCGAAGCGCAGCAAGCCCUGAGCCCCGGCCUGCGGGAGGAGGCACAGCAUACGCCAACUGGGAUGGCUUUCCUCAGCAGAACAGUAUUGGCACCACAAGCUCCAUCCCCUUCUGGGAUGGCUCCCAACUGGAAUUCCCCUCCCUGCAUUGGCAUGGGGAUGGCCUGGCUGCGUUGGCGGAGCGCUGCAACCCUCACCUUGUACAUGUUCUGCCCCGGAGCUGGGCUGGCUCCAGCGCAGGGCUGGGGGAGGGCAGCCCUGAGAGCUGCAGGCGCAUUCCAGCCCUGUGCCUGCCUCUUCCCUGGGCUGGGAGAGAGAAAAGAUGGGGCCCAGGCCCCCCGGGGCCUCAGGAGGGAGAGGCCGUGGUGCUGGCAGGGCCAGCCCUGUCCCGCGAGGCCCUUGAAUGGUGCUGGUUCUG